CCCCGCUCCCCGAAGAGUCUUCCCCAGGAGUCCACAGCAAUUCUUGCUCAAGGCCGCCUGUGCGUUCGGACCCCCUCAGCAGCGAGCCAGCAUGGCGGCGGAGCUCGAGGAGCCGAAGAAGCCGCAGAACGCCUACUGGAUCUGGCUCAGCGAGAACCGCGACUCGCUGACGAAGGAGGCUGGCAGCGCGAGGGGGCCUGUCGUCGGCAAGCUCGCGGGCGAGAAGUGGAAGGCCAUGUCGGCGGAGGCCAAGAAGCCCUUCGAGGAACGGGCGGCGGAGCUGAAGUCCACGUACGACAAGGCCAUGGAAGAGUUCAAGAACGCUGGAGGCCAGGUGGGCAAGCGUCGCCUGGAGAAGAGCGAGGGGAAGCAGGCCAAAGCUGACAAGAAGGCGAAAAAGGACGCCCAGAGGUCUGAGGGGAAGCCGACGCGGCCGCCGUCCUCCUAUUGGCUGUGGCUCGGCGAGAACCGCGAGGCGCUCGCGAAGGAGGCCGGCAGCACAAAGCCGCCCGUCGUCGCCAAGCUCGCCGGCGAGAAGUGGAAGGCCGUGUCGGAGGAGGACAAGAAGCCGUUCGAGGCGAAAGCCACGGAGCUGAGGGCCGCGUAUGACAAGGCCGUGGAGGAGUGGAAAAGCAACGGUGGCGGCGAGGACGGCGCGAAGCAGGGCAGUCCGAGGAAUCGCAAGGCGGACGCCGCCAAGACGCCGGCAGCGAAGCAGGGCACCUCCCGGAAGCGCAAGGCGGACAAGGCCGAGACGCCGCCUGCGAAGCUGCCCCGCGCGCCCAGGGAGCGCGACUCCAGCAAGAAGGCCCCCGUGGCCCAGGGCAAGAGCCGCGGCAAGGCUGCGCCAGCGAUGGCGGCAGUUGUGCUGGAGAAGGACAUCGCUGAGAAGGCCGAAAAGGCGGGCUUCACGAGCGUGCUCCAGAAGUUCCUUGCUUGCGAGGACGUGGUGGCCAGCGGCAAGAGCCAGGCCGAGGCCUUUCAGGCGCUCGAAGCGGUGGGCGGCCUGAUGCACCCAGCCCGCCGCGCCUUGCUGGGUGCCUGAGGGAUGGUUGUUCCAGUCAACCCACAGAUCGCUCUUGCAUUUGACUCUUCUUUGUGGUAGUUACUCGUUUCCUUUCUGAUACCCUCUCCAUUCCCGCCGCGCAGCCACUGCGCAGCAGUGGCUUGGGGCAUGCUUCGGACUAGUCGCCGCGAGCAGGCACAACGAGUGUUGCGCAGUUUAGCCUCCUGCUUCCCUUUCCGCUGCGCCCACUCUUCCCCCUCGUUGUCCUCCUAGAGGCUGUGCGUAUAACCCUGCGCUCGCUUCACCAUCUCCGUGUCGCUGCGCACUGCUAGAGUGCAUGCAGCACCAACGCAGGGUGCGCCAGUCUUGCAGAUUGUCACGCUUGUUUGUCCUCGGGGGCGAGGAGAAACUGCGGCGCCAUCUAGCCAGAUGCUUGCACUUACGUCCUCUUGCUCAUCGAUCCGAUUCGAUAUCCAUUCCGGGCCGCUCGAUCCGAUUCGAGUUCGGUGUUCCGAC